AUGAAUUUCAAAUGUUUAACAAUAAAAAAUGAAGAAUAUUGCAUAUAUUGUAAUAAAAGAUUUACAAAUCUUGAAAGUCACGAGAUGGAACAUUUUAAAGAUAGAUUAGGAGGUAAAGCUUUACUUGAAUGUCAUAAAUGUUUUAGAACAUAUUUAAAUAUGAAUGAUCUAAAAACCCAUAUUAAUAAUAUUCAUGGAGUCCAUAAAAACAAUAAAUUAUUUCAUUGUGAUUCUUGUGGUCAAAAUUUUACUACACAAAAUGGCAGAGACCAACACUUAAUUACACAUAUACCACAUAUUAUGGAACUUUGUAUGGAAGGUGUGGAUAAAAGAAUGGAAAAUGCUGAUGAGUAUCUUGAAUCUAAUGAAUGCCCUUUAUGUAAAAUGAGAACUAGUACUAGAAAAAGUUUUCGUUUUCAUUUACUAUUUUCGCAUUUAUUAAAAAAUCCUAAAAGUUUAUUGACUUUAGUUGUCAAUGAAGAAGUUGUUGGAACAAUUCCUGAGACUGAACUAAAAGUUAUUGGAUUUUUAGCUAAAAAAUACAAUCAUAAAAAAAAUGAAAAAGAAGAAAAAAAGAAAAAAAGGGAAGCACUCAAAAAAUUAUUGAUAUCAAGAAAACGCUAUAAUUCAAGGACCGCAUCUACAUCAUCUUCUGGUAUUGGAAGUUCAAUCGGAGAAGAUGAUACCGAAAUAAUUGAAGAACUUAAAAGGCAAAAACAAACUAAGCAAGAAAUAAACGAAAAUGGUACUACUUAUAUAAAAAAAAAUAUUGAUAUUACAUUAAAAAAACAGGUACCAAUUAAAUCCCAAAAUGACAAUAAUAAUUUUCCAUCUGACAGUAGUUCACUAUCUUCUAUUGAUGAACCAAUUCUAUUACGUGAAAGAUUGAUAUCAAAAUGUUUGAAAGCAAAAAUAAAAUCCAAUGAUACUGUUUUCACUGUAUGUAUUUGCAACAAAAAAUUUGAAAAUCAAUCAGACUUUGAGAUUCAUAUUGCCUGUGUUCAUUUUGUCAAUGGUCAACUUGUAAUAUAA